CAAAACAUUUGUCCCUAUUUGCCCUCAGAAACGACAAUGGAAGACAACGUGUCGUCUAUGUCUGGCUACAUAUACACAAUCAUAUAUACAUAUAUGCAAAGAGUGAUAAUAUCGUCUUAUUUGCAAAGCUCUUUCCUUUAACUCCAGUGGCCCAUGGUCUGUAAAUGUUGAGGGCAGACAGGGAGAAGAGCCUCAGGCAGACAGGCUCAUUGUCUGGGAAAAGUCUGGUUCUUUAAUCAGACUGGUUGUAUAUUCAUAUUUAAAAUUAUACAUGUGCUUUUAAUUACAGCAUUGAGUUCUACGCAACAGACAUUUUCAUGCUCUGUUGGCAUCGUCCUCCCAUUCUCCACAGGUGCACCUGCACACAGUUUAAUAAACAGUGACUAGAUAAACUACUUGUUUCUAAAUUAAGAACAAUGUAGCAGUGAAAUUAAAAUCAACAUGAUGAAUAUUCAGUAAACCAUAUACAGAGCCAUCACAAGACCAACAAAGUAUGUAGUAAAUGAGGUCAAUUUAAUGUAUGGUAAUACACAACAAACCCUUAAACAUGGGUACAAGAUCAUCUCCAAGCAACUAUUGGACAGUUAUGCGAUCAACAGACUGUUUGAGUGCCAUGCUCCUUUCAUCAUCUGCACAUUGUCACAUUGUGCAUCAAAGGAAUUUAAAACUUAUACUUGCCUUUAUUGGUCGGAGACGGACUUUGUUGAGAGUCAAGCUCCUUUCAUCAUUAUAUUGUCACAUUGUGCAUCAAAGGAAACUGUGAUGCCUUUAUCAGUCUGUCCCAUAACACAGAAGAUAUAGAGGUAGAUUCUUGAGAGUGCCCCCAAAGUCAGGCCCUGGCAUCUGUAUACAGGAGCAUUUCAAGGAUAAGGAAAAUAACUUUGAACUGGCAUUAAGAACUUUGUGGACUGGGGAGGGCAGCAUUACACCUCCGAGUGCACAGCCUGCCAGAAAUUGUUCAAAGAAGAGGAACACGCAUCAAUAUCGAAAAAGUCAGUGGAAAAAAAAGCAUUGCAACAUUGGAGACCAUGAAAACCUGUAAGUUGACUUGAAAGUGCCGAGAAAGCUUUUGCCUCCGGAGCUUGGGUUUCUCCAAGAUUUAUGGAAUUAAAACAAUACUUCAUGAAUUAAAAAAAUAUAUUUUUUAGACAAGACCAGCUAAAAAUACAGUGUGAAUGCUGAGUAUUCAGUCAGCCUUCACACAACUUUUUCCCUACACUGAAGACACACAAGGCAAAAUUAAUGUCUAUAUUAAUUUUAAUUUUGAACUCAGGGUUUACCAGACUGAGUGAUUGAAACAUCAGUAUCCAAGGUUGAUCUGAUGAGAUUAGCAAUGGCUUCAUUGUUGGAGGCAGAUCAUCUACUGUGGCGCCUCUAAAGGGAGAAGCUGAAAUACAUUUGAUGAACUGUGAUGAAAUUUGAUUAAAAUUUACUUUCCAUGAAGAUUUUACACUUUCUGAAAACAGUUUUAUUGAAAACAUUUUGUAAUUUCUAAUGAUUUCUAACAAAACUCCCUGCAGCAGUAGAGCCCAGCCUGUGGACGUCACAGGCCAAUGCAGAGGUGAAACUGAGGAUGGGCGACUCAGGCUUGGCUGCUUCGACUCCACUGACUGUCCACCAUAUGUUCACCUCAUCCGUCCAGCGCUUUGGCGACUACAAAGCUUUGGGCUGGAAGGAGGGUGAGCAACGAAAGAGCCUCAACUACAGAGAAUACUACCAGAACUGCCGCACUGUUGCCAAGGGCUUCCUGAAGCUUGGUUUGGAGCGCUUCCAUGGUGUUGGCAUCCUGGGCUUCAACUCACCGGAGUGGUUCAUGGCUGAUAUUGGAGCCAUUUUUGCAGGUGGAUUUGCUGUAGGCAUCUAUACCACCAACUCUCCUGAGGCCUGCCAGUAUGUAGCAGAAAACUGUAUGGCCAACAUUAUAGUGGUGGAGAACCACAAACAGCUGCAGAAAAUCCUCCAGGUUGAAGACAAGCUUCCACACUUGAAAGCCAUUAUCCAGUACAAAGAUACACUUAAAGAGAAGAGACCAAAUCUGUACACAUGGGCAGAUCUCAUGGAGCUGGGGCGUCAUGAGCCUGACGCUCCCCUCAACAUGGUCAUUUCCAGCCUGAAACCAAACCAAUGCUGCACACUCAUCUACACCUCAGGAACCACAGGCCAGCCCAAAGGAGUCAUGCUGAGCCAUGACAAUCUGACAUGGACUGCACUUUCCACCAGCAUUCACGUAAAUCUGACAGACACCACUCGGGGUCAGGAGGUGGGGGUGAGCUACCUGCCACUGAGUCACAUUGCUGCUCAGAUGGUAGACAUCUGGAUCACCAUAAAGAUCGGAGGAGCAACCUACUUCGCUGAGCCAGAUGCCCUCAAGGGCUCUUUGGUAAACACCUUGAGGGAGGUGCAUCCCACUGCCUUACUGGGUGUCCCUCGUGUCUGGGAAAAGAUGCAAGAGAAGAUGAAAUCUGAAGGAGCAAAGUCCUCAAACCUGAAAAAGAAAGUGGUUGCAUGGGCCAAAGAUGUCGGUCUGCAGACUAAUCUCAACAGGUUAAACCAAAAUGUUAGCCACAUACCAUUCAACUAUCGUAUCGCCAAAAAGCUUGUGUUCAACAAGGUGCGUAAGGCUCUGGGCUUGGAACGCUGCUCAAACUGUUACACAGGCGCUGCACCCAUCACCAGAGACACCCUGGAGUUCUUCCUCAGUUUGGAUAUUCCACUGUAUGAGCUGUAUGGCAUGAGUGAGAGCUCUGGACCUCACACCAUCUCCCUUCCUAAUGCCUUCAGACUCACUAGCUGUGGCAUUGAUCUCCCAGGGUGCAAGACAAAGCUGCACAACCCAGAUGAAGAGGGAAACGGUGAGAUCUGCUUCUGGGGACGCCAUGUCUUCAUGGGUUACCUCAACAUGCCCGAGAAGACAGAGGAGGCUCUGGAUGCAGAAGGCUGGCUGCACUCAGGUGACCUGGGAAAACAUGACCAGAAUAAGUUCCUCUACAUCACUGGAAGAAUUAAAGAGCUGAUCAUCACAGCAGGGGGAGAGAACAUCCCUCCUGUUUCCAUCGAGGAUGCAGUCAAAAGUGCUCUGCCACUGAUUAGCAACGCCAUGUUGAUUGGAGACAAGAAGAAGUUUCUGUCUAUGCUGCUCACCAUUAAGUGCCAGGUUAACGCAGACACAGGCGAGCCAGAGGAUGAGCUGUCUUCAGAGGCUGUAGAGUUCUGCAGGAAGGCAGGCAGCAAUGCCACGCGAGUUUCUGACAUUGCAAGUGGCCGGGACCAGGCAGUUUAUGCAGCCAUCCAGGAGGGAAUCACUAGAGUCAAUGAGAAGGCAACCUCCAACGCUCAGCGCAUCCAGAAGUGGAUUGUUCUGGAUCAGGACUUCUCCAUCGUUGGAGGAGAGCUGGGCCCCACCAUGAAGGUGAAGCGUCCAGAGGUGAUGAAAAUGUACAAGAUGCAGAUUGACAACAUUUAUGAGGAACUUGCGCAGUCUUCAAAUCCAGACAACUUGGUGGCUACCAAAUAGAGCUGCUCCUCCACCUACAGGGAGAUCCAGACUGUUGGCAUGAACUCAUUCAUCUUCAAUGUCUCCCUGUGGUCAUCAUGUCUUGGUUUACAUUUUUUGGGUGCUGUACAAAGGAUUGGUGAUUUGUGAAAUGUGAUUUUUGAUGUAGUUAUAAUGUGAUUUGAAUUUUACAUCAUUUAAAUAAACUUAGUAGUUGUA